GCCCGAAAGGAAAAAGGCCUAGCCGAGCAGCAAAUUUGGGCCUGUUUCCGCUCGGUCCCCGGCCCCAAAUUCCCCGUACGCCGCUAAGGGUUUGUGCCGCGCCGCACCGCCGCUCUCGCCACCACCUGACGCCGUCGUCGUCCUCGCCGCGCCCUACGCUGGACGGCUCGCUCCCUACACUGACGGCGGACGCGCCCUUUCGUCGCCGCCGUUCGUGACGUUCGUCACUCCCGUGGUUCCUCUUCAAGUGCGCCCCCGUCCCCAACGUCCGCCGCCCCGAGCACAAGCAGAUUGGACCCAAUUCGGAGGAGGCUAUAAUAAGCGCUCAGCCUGACUUUCGACGAUUCAAGUUGUCUAUUUUGUUCCUUUUGAGUUCGGAUCGCCAUGAAGUUCAAUAGAGGUCGCCGCCGCAGCCGUGAUUCGGAGAACGCAGCUUGUUAUGGGGAGGAAAGGCUAAGCGAGCUGCCAAGUGAUGUUCUGGUCAAAGUCCUUGAGACGGUGGAAACACAGUCGAAGAAAGCAGCUGGUAAUGGGGAGGACAGGCUAAGCGAGCUGCCCAAUGACGUGCUGCUCAACAUCCUCGAGAGGGUGGGUACGCUUGAUGCCGUAAAAACCUGCAUCCUUUCGAAGAAAAUGCAGAAGCUGCCAACUAUGCUCUCGCAAAUGUUGAUUGUUCCUCUGAAAAUGCAGAAACCUGCAUCCUACCUUGAACAAAAGCUGAUUGUUCCUCUGAGAUGAUGUCCGGUAGUACUUGCUUCAAUCUAUUCGAUAUGACCUUGGAGGCAAUCUUGUAUAACACAUUACAUAAAAAGAUAGGCCUGAACUGAGACAAUAAUGUGGGGUUCUUUACCUUUGGUAUUAGCACCAAAAUGGUCUCAUUGAUGCUCUCCGCAGACUCGGUCCCAUUGAUAAUACGAAGUACCGCUGUGGUGACAUCUGUUCCACAAACCUCCCAGUGUCGCUGUGAUAUCCGGAUAGUUAAGCUACAGUAAACCUCUGCUAAUGAUGCCACGUCAUCAUGAUUACUAUUGGUAGUUCCACGAUGAUUCAAAUCUCGCUCGAAUUCAAAUUCAAAUUAAGGUCAAACAUUAAAAGCU